AUGGAACAAUCAUAUUAUUGGAAUCUCCAUCCAGAAAAUCAUCCAAAAAAUCGUCUAUUAAAAUAUUCGAAAUCAUCAAAAAUCUCAAAGCAAACAUUAGCAACUCUUCUACAUUUACGAAAUAUGUAUCAUAAAUUACCCCCAAUCAUUUAUUCGUUACAAAACAACGAAGAAAAUGAAGAUAUUGUACUUGAAUAUGAUAUCUUUGGUCAACAAUGCAAUUUACCUUCAAAUAAUAUAGAUGCCAUUUGGCAACCUACAUCAUUUUGUGUCUCAGAUCGUAUCUAUAAAAGAAUAAAAAAUGAUCUAUUUUCAUCGAAAAUAGACAAUGAUUUAACAUUUCUUUGUCUAUUUCCAAUCUAUGCUGAUAUUGAUCGUAAGAAACAACUAGCUAUGGGUCAACAAGAUGAAGAAAUAUUUCUACCAUCAAAAACUCCAUGUACACGACAUGAUCUUAUUCAAUUACAAGAACGUUUUCAUGUUAUGUUAUAUCAAGAAGAAGCACUUGAAAUCGGUUUAUGUCCAAAACGUCGACGAAUUUAUAAUGAUCUAUUUGAUGAACUUAUUCGUAUAAUUACACUUCAAUGUUGCGAACGUGGUCUUUUACUUGCAAGAAUUCGAAAUGAAUUUUUACAAUGGAUGAGUGAAUAUGAAGAAGUAUAUUCAAGUGGUAUGGCUUAUGGUUUAAGACAAUAUCUAUGUAAAACAGAAGAGAAAAAAAAAUAUGAAUAUGUUAUUAAAGAAUUAGAAAGUGAUUGUCAACAAUUACGAAAUGAACUUGAACAAGAAUCAAUUCGUUUUGAAAAAUUAAGUAAAUCGAUUAAUAAUGAUAAUGAAUACGAACAAAGUUCUGAACAACGUUUAUUAAAAAAAAAUGUUAAUAUAUUGCGAUCAACAAAUGAAAUAUUGCAACGUGAUCUUCAAAACGCAUUAUACAACAUUCUCUCAUCAACUAUUUUUCUAGGUGAACCAAUUAAUUACGAUACAGACACUGAUUAA